AUGACUUCCAUCGACGCCACUACGAUUCUGACAACCUCCGAACGAUCUAAACACAACCGCGAUCAACCGACUUAUGUCCGCCCUCCGACGCACACCAUCCGCAAACGCAGAUCUGACGAUAACCAAUUUGAAUCUCCACGUAGACACUGCGACUCCCUCCUCCUCACGACCGGGAGAUCUUCCGCCGUGAGACCUCAACCGUCACACUCAACCCACCUCCAGCCUCCACUAUCAUCGCAGCCUCACUUGACUUCAUGGCCGUCAUCGGACUUCAGAACCACUGGUUUUGUCUAUUUUGAGGAAGAGAUGAACGAACAGUUUUUGAUUGUUUUGUGUGAAAGCAGAGAAGAAGUACAGAGAGAGAAAGAAGAGUUUUUCUGUUUUGCUACUUAUUGCUAA